UAGAGUCUCUCGUCGUGAGCUAGAGUGUGACGUUUGCUAGUCCAUACGAAAACCCACACACAAUAUGGAGACGGCAAAUGUCGAGGAACUCGAAGAUGAGUUGGUUGAAUUGCUUGAAAGUAUACGAGGAGCACCGCCUUAUUACAUCGACAAUCUUGCAGAUAAGGCGUUAGCAGUGCUGCUAAAGAUCGAAACGGAAUAUCCAACCGUACCGCCUGAAGAAAAAGCUGGUCUGCAAGCGAAAAUCCGUCGCUAUCGGCACGAGAUCGAACGAGCGCGUUCCUCAGUCGUAACGGGGGGCUUAAGUCGGGCACUUCAAGUUGCGCAGGAAACCGAGGAAAUCGCUAGCGAGGUCGGUCCAGAAUUACGGAGUCGGAGGGAACAGCUCCUUCGAGAUAGAGACUGCCUCGAAGAGGCGAAUAACGAGCUUUCUAGAGUGGGAAGACUAAUCACCAUCAUUCAAAUAAGGAUUAUUUCGAACAAGAUACUGCUCAUCUUUCUCAUAAUCAUUGAGUGUGCUGUACUAGUUGCGCUGUGCUAUAUCAAGUUCAUUCGGCAUUAACAAAGUUAUCCGCUGUAAUUGUGGCCUCGAUGAAAAACGUAUAGGCUGUAAUAUUUCUUUGAUCCUAAAGGGAUCAAAGAAAAUGUCUUUGUUGGUACAGGAAAUGCCGUACGUAGUAGCAAAGGAUCCAAGCUACGUUCUUUAAGAUUACAUGAAUAGGACAACAUCUAAAUAUAAGUGUACAAACGUAAAGCAGUUCAAUAUGUCUGGUGUCGGUGAAAUAGGUCACACUGUUAUGUCACAGAGGUGAGGUUAAAGUAUUACGAAUGUUACUGUUAAACAAAAGCGCAAAUUAAUAAGUUGUAAAGCGGAAACAACCCACAAACCCCUCUCCAUCGAUUGAACCUGACAAUCAUCAUCCCAACGCAAUCUCCGAUACGGGGAAGGGGGAAUUUCUAAGGCCGCCGUAGCUGUUUCCGACCAAAUGGCUUACUUAAAACUUUAAGCAUUUGUAAGAAGGUUUAUACUGCUGGGAACAAGGGAGAAGGUGUUCGUGUUGUAAGCUCCGGUGGACAGGGACGCAUAGUGCUCUACUCACGCAAAUAUGUUACUUUUGAACAUUGUUAGUAAUCCAUUAAAGAUAACCGUCACAGCGGUCAGGAUGGAAUGGCCUUCAACGGUACGACGAAAAAAAUGUUUCCGAAUUGUUUCGAGUGAAAGCUGGUGGACUGACCAGUCACGUGAAUGAAAAUCAACAAACGCUGAAUAGGACUAAGAAAACAGCCCGGCCCUUCCGAGAUAUUUGCUUAAGGAACAUUCGUAAGGCGGAUGACGACCGGCCGGCCAGGCUUGCACAGCAAGCUCGAAUUAAAAAAAAAAGUGAUUUUUUUCAAUUAGGAAUAUUUCAAUAACAACAACUAAGCCGUAGAAACAGGGUCUGUUCCGGGUUCGAUGUAAUUCACCAUGGUCACCUUGCAUCGUGCGCACAAUACGGAUGUGUCGUGGGAGUAUGCCCAGCGAAAACGCUUAGAUAUAGUAUCGUUGAUCUAUGUGUGUUAGAUUCGUCUUCACUACCUGAAAAUGGCGUAGAGGGUCGAUGCAUGCGAACCGAUUUGUGCUGUUCUUCCUAAUUGAUACCUGUAGAGCUUUAACACAUGGAAUUCAUAUAGUAUUUCCUCAUCAGAAAAUCUUCUUUUUUGGGUCGGGCGUACCAUGGUUUACUGAAGACAAUACGUCACUCAACUGUUUGACAGCAGUCGUCGUCAUCAUUAUUAUGUGGAGGAAAUAGCGAAGUUGGCACCUAUAAGGGUCGUAUCAAAACUCAUCACCAAAUAAUGCCUUAUGCAAUUAUGAACGAAAGAUCUAUGAACUGUCAUUUCUCAGGUGAAUUUAUCUUCAUAACUAACAAUGUAUAUAAAAAGAGAAAUAUGAAAUUUUACAUGGACAAAACGACUGGUGAUUUUUCAUGAUAUCUGCCAUCGUCCAUAUAUAUAUAUAUGUGUGUUUGGACAUCUUUCACGAUGGCGCAUAGUAGCGGAAUGUAUUCUCUUUAUUUUUUUUGUCCUAACAUACCUACCCGGUAACAGCUAGAUAGAUGCUUCAGGUCUGAUACCACUGGGAUGGCUGGCUCCCAACACAAAACGAAAUGUGUCUACGUCACGUUUCGACGACGUGUUUUGAAGUUUAUUAGGCAAACGCUUCAUCAUUUCACUGUUGCUCGAAGAUUCAGUUACAGCUGACUGAAAAAUCAUAAUUUAGCAUUUGCCAGACUGCAGUGCCUAUAAGAAGCAAUCUACCUUUAAAAACGCUUACUUUUGACCACUGCACGUUAUCUUUGCACGAAUAAUUCCGCACACAUGCAAGUAGUGUCUGACUGGGGCUGCAUUGAUUAGAUAGGGGGCUCUACGCUGGAAGCGGUUAAUGCGAAAUUCCCUGAAGUAGCUAGUUCAUCCAAUUAAAAGAAGUUUGCAUUCUUUCCUGCGGGUUUGUGAAACGCUAAUUGAGCCGGAUGUGCUAUGAACUGCCAACGAUUCAAGAUACAAGCAAAAGUAUAACAUCUGUCUCGAGCGGGACUACAAUAGGAAAACAAGUAAGGGCAGCCCCUCGAUAAGGAUUAGCUUCGUUGUGUAAAUAGUAGUCCCGAAGCGUGUCCCAAGCUAAAUUGAGAGUUUUCAAAUAACAGUUGAAUGAACU